AUGGACAAACACUUCUUGUUGCUCUCAUCCGUCUUCUGCUGCAUUGCGGCAGUGACGCCCCUGAGAUGCAUAACAUGCCACCUUCGCACACAGACAGAUCGCUGUAGAAGGGGCUUCGGUGUCUGUGCUGCUGAGAAGAAGCAUGAGACAUGCAUGAUCUUAAAGAUCUUCCAGGAUAACACCCUCCAGUUAUCAUAUAUGGUGUGUCAGAGAUUCUGCAGAGAAUUGACAUACGAUCUCAACGGAACUUAUGUUCAUACAUGCUGCAACGACAAUUAUUGUAACUUCAAAGGCGCCGUACGGAGCCUUGACGCUCCCGCCGAGCCCAGGUGUGCGGCCUGCGGAGGCACGUGUGAGCGGCGCCGUGCGUGCCUCCAGCGCGUUCGACCCCUCAAGGUCAUGAUGUGCACCAGCUGCCGGUCCACUGCCAGCCCGGCGCCCGCAGCGGCGAGCACCCUUGUGGUCGCCGCUCUGCGAGGUGGACGGGGCCGAGGGGCCUGUGGGCGGCGGGACCGGUGCCUGCGGGCAGCCGGCUUCCCCGGAGGCCGUGAGCGUCUGAGACGAUAA